GGUCGAUCGGGAGCUGAAAAAAAAAAAGCCAUUUUGUUGGUGGAGCUUGUAGUAAGAGCUGCAGCCAAAGACUCUUUCUUCGCUCAGUUACUGGCUCCAGCGACGGCGACCGCCCGGUCUGCAGGUUGGCAACAAUUCGGUUGGUGUUUGUGAAAUUGACCUGAAAGUGCCAAAGGCGAAGUGGUUUUAAUUUACUCCGCCGCCCUCCAUUCCACCGCGCUGUGCAGUACUGAGUGCGCCGCGCUUGAAAGCUGUGUUGCCCUUGCACUGAAAAGCAAGCUCACGGGUCAUAGGGGACCAGGAAUGGAAGAGUCCCCUGCAUUUAACAUGCACAGAACUACUCGUAUCAAAAUCACAGAGCUGAACCCUCAUCUGAUGUGUGCCCUGUGCGGGGGAUAUUUUAUAGACGCCACAACUAUCAUAGAAUGCCUACACUCAUUUUGUAAAACCUGUAUCGUUCGUUACUUGGAGACCAACAAAUAUUGCCCCAUUUGUGAUGUACAGGUGCACAAAACUAGACCCCUUCUUAGCAUUAGGGCUGACAAAACAUUACAAGAUAUAGUCUAUAAAUUAGUUCCGGGGCUUUUCAAAGAUGAGAUGAAGAGACGGAGGGAUUUCUACGCGGCCCAUCCCUCAGCAGAUGUCACGAAUGGUUCGAACGAAGACCGCGGGGAGGUUACAGAAGAAGAAAAAAGAAUUAUCACAGACGAUGAAAUCAUUAGUUUGUCCUUAGAGUUUUAUGAAGGCAACAAGUCAGAAAAGAAAGAGGUACCGCAGACUGAGGAAACAGACAAAGCCAACAGUGUUCGGUAUCUCAGGUGUCCCGCCGCGAUGACGGUGAUGCAUUUGGGGAAGUUUCUCCGGAAUAAGAUGGAUAUUCCCAGCAAUUUUCGAAUUGACGUCAUGUACGAAGACGAACCUCUGAAAGAUUACUACACACUCAUGGACAUCGCGUAUAUUUAUACGUGGAGACGGAACGGCCCUUUACCUCUGAAGUACAAGGUUCAGCCCGCUUGCAAGAGGUUAAAACUCAGCCACCCCAACGAGGACUUCGCCAAUACCAGUAUGAACUCGGAGAGUGACUCUGUGAGUGACAAGGGAAGUCCAGUGGCCGUUCCUUCCACGUCCUCCUCGCUGCCGAGUCCCGUGACGCCCGCGCUCUCCCCCAACUCCCAGUACCCGCACGCAGCGGCCUCGGCGGUCAACGGCAGCACAAACUGUCACCAAAUGCUACCGACCGUCCUCAGGGGCCGCAAAGUGACUGUCAACGGCUCCGCCGCCCCGGCCUCUUGCUGAAAGCCGGGACCAACCCCCGUGGGAUUCACGACAAGCUACGAGGAAGAGGAAGAACGCCCUGUAUAAUACACACCGCGCGACUGACCGAACGACCGACUGACCGACCGGGCACCCGAGCUGGCCGCCGCCCGCCGCGCCCUUUAUUAAAUGUAAUAUAUAUAUUCUGUUUAGCAAUAUGGUUAUUGUCAGAAACCUUUGUAUUUCCCCACACAGCUUUUUAAAUGUAAACGGCCAAAAUGCACCUCGAGGUUAUGGUCCCAGAAGCUUUGAAUCUGGUCAUCCAUUGCCUCGACUUGCAAACCUUCAGUAUAGUCGAUCCCUCUUAAAUGGAGCGCUGUUGGCAGUGCCGUUCAGUAUGGGGACCGUGUGUGUCCUACAGUGUGGGCACUGUGUGUGUGUGUCCGCUGGAAAAAACAGGCACUAUGGUCUUCCCUUUCAAAGGGAAAAUUGCCUCAAAAAUAAUCUCAUGAGUUCAUAGGUGAUAGGAGCACAAUUAGGCCAUUCGGCCCAUCAAGGCUACUCCACCAUUCAAUCGUGGCAGAUCUAUCUUCCCUCUCAACCCCAUCCUCCCCAUAACCCCAGACACCCGUACUAAUCAAUAGUUACAGUUGUUACAGAGGGGACAAACCUCGUUAUAGCCUCCCCGAACUCACGCUAUAACAAGUGGUAAAAGGCAGAAGGAAGGAACUGCAGAUGGGCGUUUAUCCCAGAGAUAAACACAAAGUACUGGAGUGACAGUGGGUCAGGCAGCGUCUCUGGAGGAAAAGGCUGGGUGACCAAGGACUGGAGACAGAUCCCAACCCGAAAGGUCAUCCAUCCCUUUUCUCCAGAGAUGCUGCCUGAUCCUCUAGUUACUAGCUAGAUGCAGGAAGAUUGUUCCCGAUGUUGGGGAAGU